GUUUCCGGACGUGACGCCAGAAUAUGCUGCUGCUGCUAGGUCACGUGAUGUCCGAUCAGCCGCCUUCCCUUCCGGAAGUUCAGGGCGCUGAGCAGCAACCUCAUGGCGGCCGACAGGAGCUGAGUCCUUGCAUGGGGCAGUCCCCGCACUAGGACGCACGCACGGCCUCACGCUGGAUUCAGACGGUUUCCUAAGGUGACUUUCUCACCGCAUCACUGCCGUCCUCUAAUGGUUUCCUGAACCCAUCGUACUUGGUGCAGUGAUUCUUCUGGGAACAAUGGUGAAGUAUUUUCUAGGCUUGAACGAGCUGAAGAGCUCAUGGGACCAAGUGUUUACGGCUUUUUGGCAGCGCUAUCCCAACCCCUACAGCAAACAUGUCCUGACCGAAGACAUUCUAUACCGUGAGGUAACCAGUGACCACAAGCUGCUGACCAGGAGGCUACUAACAAAGACCAAUCGCCUGCCGCGGUGGGCAGAGCGCUUUUUCCCGGCUAACGUGGCACACGCUGUGUAUGUUUUAGAAGACUCCAUAAUUGAUCUCCAUAAGAAAAGCUUGACCACCUAUACCUGGAACAUUAACCACAGCACUGUCAUGUCUGUGGAGGAACGCUGCGUAUACUGUGAAAAUCCAGAGAACAAAUAUUGGACCGAGAUUAGAAGAGAGGCUUGGGUGUCCUCUAAAGUAUUUGGUUUUAGUAGACCAAUACAGGAGUUUGGCCUGGCUAGGUUUAAGAGUAACGUUACCAAGGCAAUGAAAGGCUAUGAAUACAUCUUGGCAAAAAUGCAAGGCGAUACACCUGCCAGGACACUAGUGGAAACUGCAAAGGAGGCAACGGAAAAAGCAAAGGAGACAGCCCUUGCAGCAAAGGAGAAGGCCAAAGACUUGGCCAAUAAGGCAGCUACCAGUAAGAAGCAACAGUAUGUGUGACCUUCCUUGCGCUGCCUUUCUAAAUUCUAGAUCACUACACCAAAGGCCCUAGAGGCUGGCAGUGUUGCUGGGUUCAUAGAUCAUCUGAACCAAAUCAUCCUUCCUAUAGUUCAGUCAACUCUUUAUCACAUUGAACUGAAGAACACUUGAAUGUUAACAUGAGCAAAAAAUGACAGACAAUUACUAUUUUCUAAGCUUUAUUUAUGAUUAAAGAAUGAUCUGAAUAUCCUA